AUGAAUGAUACCGUCCAAGAAGGGAGCGACUGCUACGGCGCCUCUGGUUCCUACGGGUUUGGUUCUGAACCUCAUCCGGGCACCUGGAUUGUACUAGAACCUCAUCAAGGCACCUGGAUUGUACCAGAACCUCAUCCGGGCACCUGGAUUGUACCAGAACCUCAUCCAGGCACUUGGAUUGUACCAGAACCUCAUCCGGGCACCUGGAUUGUACCAGAACCUCAUCCGGGCACCUGGAUUGUACUAGAACCUCAUCCAGGCACCUGGAUUGUACCAGAACCUCAUCCGGGCACCUGGAUUGUACCAGAACCUCAUCCGGGCACCUGGAUUGUACCAGAACCUCAUCCAGGCACCUGGAUUGUACCAGAAACUCAUCCAGGCACCUGGAUUGUACCAGAACCUCAUCAAGGCACCUGGGUUGUACCAGAACCUCAUCCAGGUACCUGGAUUGUACCAGAACCUCAUCCGGGCACCUGGAUUGUACCAGAACCUCAUCAAGGCACCUGGAUUGUACCAGAACCUCAUCCAGUUACCUGGAUUGUACCAGAACCUCAUCCGGGCACCUGGAUUGUACCAGAACCUCAUCCGGGCACCUGGAUUGUACCAGAACCUCAUCAAGGCACCUGGGUUGUACCAGAACCUCAUCCAGGUACCUGGAUUGUACCAGAACCUCAUCCGGGCACCUGGAUUGUACCAGAACCUCAUCCGGGCACCUGGAUUGUACUAGAACCUCAUCAAGGCACCUGGAUUGUACCAGAACCUCAUCCGGGCACCUGGAUUGUACCAGAACCUCAUCCAGGCACCUGGAUUGUACCAGAACCUCAUCCGGGCACCUGGAUUGUACCAGAACCUCAUCCAGGCACCUGGAUUGUACCAGAACCUCAUCCAGGCACCUGGAUUGUACCAGAACCUCAUCCGGGCACCUGGAUUGUACUAGAACCUCAUCAAGGCACCUGGAUUGUACCAGAACCUCAUCCGGGCACCUGGAUUGUACCAGAACCUCAUCCAGGCACCUGGAUUGUACCAGAACCUCAUCCGGGCACCUGGAUUGUACCAGAACCUCAUCCAGGCACCUGGAUUGUACCAGAACCUCAUCCAGGCACCUGGAUUGUACCAGAACCUCAUCCAGGCACCUGGAUUGUACCAGAACCUCAUCCGGGCACCUGGAUUGUACCAGAACCUCAAAGUCGGACAAAAUAUCAUACUUAG